AUGGACCUGUUCACAAAAACAGGCACUACUCUCAAGAAGCGCGCAUCCUUGUCUUUUCGACUUGGUUUACAGAAACCCACAUUUGCUACAUUAAAUGAAGAGCCUACUCGUUAUUAUGACUUUGUGGACACACCUGUUCUAUUCCGGCCUUCAUCGCCUCUCAUUGAGCGUCAGGAGAUCUCUCCGGAACUAGAAUCUAAUAUCAGAUAUGCUUGUUCCCUACUGGUAUACAGAAUCGAACAGGGUGUACCAUCGCCUCACAGGCAUCGACCAACUACGGCUAUGAGCCCCAGAGGAUCAGUCGAAGACUUGCGAAUAAAAGCCCAGCUUGAGUCAAAGUACUUGGCUCCGAAAGUUGGACCCGAGGUGGCUGCCCGAAAAGGUAAAUACGACUCGGGUGUUGUUCUAACCCAGCAGCCAAGUAUCCAGACUAUGAGAGCGCUUCAUUCCCGAUCUGGGGAACCGUCAGAAUCCGAGGACAACAGAACCGGGUCAGUGUUCAGCAACAGUCGAACAGGCACAUCUUGCUCGAGCACAAACACCAGUUAUUCUCCCGGCCGGUCAUGGACGUCGCCGGCCGUAUCAAGUCCUAAACAGAAUGCGAUGCUGUCAAUGACAGGCGGGAAUGUCAUGGGGUGUGUGCAACAAGAAAACUAUGAUACAAAAGCUUUUCUCAGCAGCUCGUUGAAAUCAGAAGCAUCUCCUGAAGAUGAUAGUGUAUCCGAAGACAUUGAAGUAUUCUUGGACGCUGACACUUCUACCGACGAAGACGGGGCUCCUCUUUUCUCCUCUCCCCAAGCACUAAACAAUGCAUCACCCAGCUUGGGAAUCACCAAAGACCCCAAGUCAAAACGCCAGUCCACAUUACGAGACCAACCCACUGAAUCGUCAAUCCAGGAAUCCAACCUCAUCGGUCUUGGUGCCUCCGGCCUCGAGCAAAGUAUCAAUCCACCAAGCAUAAUCAUCGACAGUCGUGGACGCACGCACAUUCUCACAGCUGAAGAAGAAACUCAACGCCUGGAAGAUCUCCAACAAGCAGUGAUGGCCAAGAUGGAAACAGGUCUCAUCAAAUCCAAUCCCAUCCGUCAUCCCCUGCCCUCGCAAUGCGAGAACGCCAAAGACCAGAACGGUACUAACUCUCGACCCCGAUCCAGCGCUUUUCGACUCAAAUCCUCUUGGCCCGCCAAAACAAGCAACAAAACUGCACCUUUCAACCAAAAAGUUCAAUUUCAGCAAACCAUCACCACUACGACUGCUGCUCAACAAUCCGUCUUCAAAAAGCUAGCUAGCUUUUUCUUCUCUGAACGAAACACUCCUCCCUGCGCCGGAGAGUAGAUCCCAUUCCCUCUCCGGCACAAAUCAAAUUCAGCAUCAUUUUUGUUUUCUUUCCACAUAAAAAUUUCCCCCGCCCAAGCCAGCUUCAAGUGUCUAGGAAGG